GUGCUCUUCAAGUCUCAGAUGGAAAAAGAUGGCGUGGAGCACCAGCUCAGAAGAGAGAUCGAGAUUCAGUCCCAUCUAAGGUGAGUACUCUGAUUUUGACUUGUUCAACUCCUAGUUGUAUUGGUUGAUGUUGCCUUAGGCUUAUGUCUCUUCAGGUGAUGUUGUGACAUGAAAGACGUGGUUAACUGCAACUUUUGUGUAGAUUGUGCAUUGUCAGUAGGAUGUAUACUUCAUUCAGUGGAUUUCAACUGGCCAUUGAAACAGUGUGCUCAGAUUAAGGAAAGCCGAGGAUUAAAUCAAUUAAUCUCCUCUUCCUUUAGACACCCCAACAUCUUGCGCUUCUACAACUACACAAGGGUCUUCCUGAUCCUAGAGUAUGCCCCACGAGGUGAAAUGUACAAAGAGCUGCAGAGACAUGGACACUUUGAUGACCAACGCACUGCAACA